GAAGUGAUGCAAUUUCGGUUGGUUUUUGCAUGGAAAAUGGGGACAGGUUGCGUUUGUCAAUGUGAAAGCUUAUAAUUGUAUGAACAUAUAGAGGUAGAAACUAUGAAUGCUCAUGUAUAUAAUGCAAUAAUGAAGUCUGAAGAGUGCAGGUGAUGAGUUGUGUAGUUCUCAAAUCUCUUGUGUUGGAAUUUAAAAAUGAUUCUAGUCUUCUUUUUCAUGUCCCUUAUUCUCUCUUGUCUACCACUCAUUCACUCUGCUACAGACAGAAACAUUUCUAGGCCUAUCUGCCCAGAAAGUUUCAGUUGCCCUGGUUUGGUCCCGUUCAAGUACCCGUUUUAUAAUGUCACUGACACACGAUGUGGGUUGAUCAAGGUCAAUUGUUCAUUGAUAGGUGCAGAGAUUCAAUUUGGAGGACGGCCGUAUGAGGUUUUAAGGAAGUUUGAUAUUGAUUAUCGUUCUAGUAUUUUAUUUUUCUUGAACAGUACAUUUGAGAAGCUUGUGAAAAAUAACAGCUGUGCGGCGCUUACGAAUAAUAUCAUUUCUCCAAGUCCAAGCCCUCUUUUGUAUUCAAUUUUAUUAUAUUCCAAAAUCACUGUGUUCAAAUGCACAAAAAAUGUAACUUAUUUUGAUCAACAUAAUUACAAAAGCUACAACAGUUGCAAAGAUCACGCUUUCUACUAUAAUUACCGGAAUGGAACAGUUCCAGUUCCAAGUGACCUCCCACAGACAUGUCAUGUAGUGCACCUACCUGUGAAACGGCGGUUUAGUCCAGGAAUUGAUGAAACCGACAUAUUUUCUGUUCUCUCUUCAAACAUCUCAAUUUUCUUUGAAUUGACACCUUAUUGUAUUGAGUGUCUGAAAAAAGGCCGCCUGUGUAAUACUGAAAAUGGAAAUGAUGUCCAGUGUUUAGACGUCAAAUGGGAAAAAUCAGGAAAAGAACAAAGCAGAGAUAGGACAAUAAAGAUUCUGGCUAUCGUCGGAUCAGCCUUAAUCCUCAUGCUGUCUUUUGUCAUUUUCAUAAUCUGGCGCCACUGUAAGAGCAAUCCUCUUUCCUAUGUCUCGUCGAAGAAUAAAUCUCCAAAUCUUGAAGACAUAAGUCUCUCUUGUGGCGUCUAUUUUUACUCCUAUAAGGAGCUUGAAGAUGCCACCCAAAAUUUCGACCCUUCUCAUGAACUAGGAGAUGGAGGUUUCGGAGCGGUUUAUUAUGGUAAACUCAAAGACGGGAGAGAAGUUGCAGUGAAGAAACUUCACGAACACAACUACAGUCGAGUCCAACAAUUCAGAAAUGAGGUUGAAAUCCUCACCAAAUUAAGGCACCCGAAUCUUGUGGUUCUAUAUGGUUGCACCUCUAGACUAAGCCGUGAACUUCUCCUUGUUUAUGAGUUUGUUCCCAACGGCACUGUUGCCGAUCACCUCCACGGAGAACAAGCAAAUCCAUGCCUGUUAACAUGGCCAAUACGAAUGAACAUUGCCAUUGAAACCGCCAGUGCACUGGUGUACCUUCAUGCUUCUGAAAUCAUUCACCGAGAUGUAAAGACAACCAACCUUCUUCUUGAUCACAAUUUUUGUGUCAAAGUAGCAGAUUUUGGUCUCUCAAGGCUUGUACCGAAUAAUGUCACUCAUGUGUCAACAGCUCCCCAGGGAACCCCAGGAUACCUGGAUCCACAAUAUCACCAACGCUAUCAAUUAACGGAUAAGAGUGAUGUUUACAGCUUUGGGGUAGUCUUGAUUGAACUAAUAUCAUCAAUGGUGGCUGUCGACUUAGAUAGGUCUCAAGAUGAAAUUGGUUUGGCUAACCUCGCUCUAAACAGAAUCCAAAGAUGUGCAAUUGAUGAAUUAAUCGACCCGGUUUUAGGAUCCGAUACGAAUCCUGAAACUACGAACAUGAUUACAUUAGUAGCAGAAUUGGCUUUUAGGUGUUUGCAGUAUGAUUCCGAUAUGCGGCCUACAAUGAAUGAGGUGCUGGAUGUAUUGAUGGAUAUUCAAGCUGUUGGUAGAAUAGACACUAAUAAUAGUAACAGAGACUUGAAAACCGUGAAUGAGACGCCUUUGUCUGAAACCAAUGAUGCGGUGGUUUUUUUGAAAGAUUUCCUGCCUUCGCCUGUUUCCAUCACUAGUGAAUGGCAAAGUGCAUCCACAUCGUUAAGCAGCUAUGGUGAUAAAUUGUCAAUGAAGAAUGAUAUCAACACAUUAAAAACCCACGGGGAACAAGGAUGACAUGAGAGCCUCCUUUCUUCAAGAAAAUCAUGAAAGUAGUCAUUAAGCAUCAGAUGCAUAGAAUUUUGUAUUUACUUUUGCUCGUGUAUGAUAAUUUUUUUCUGUAUUAAUGCAAAUAUAUGUAAAUACAUGGUUUCCUUCCAUAUUUUCUCGUGUAUUCUAGCCCUGGGAUACGUAGGAUGUCCAAUUACCUUUAUAAUAAAGUUGUUUUGUACA